GACUAAUGUUCAGCAGCUCCUCCCACCUGCAGCAGCAGCAGCUCAGGAUCAGUUGCAGGUUGGUUUUCAGCCAGCAAGGAGCAACAAAGAGAGGUUCAAACAGCUUCAGAAAGCAACCCCAUCAGCUGCAUAUCCAAAAGAAGAGUACAUGCCUGAACUGUCAUCUCAAUAUAUCCUUUUUUAUAAUGGAUAAAGUACAGAUCACACAGUUUGUGUAAACCACUCACACUGACUUGACUUGGAGGAACGGAUCGAGACCUUUGGGAGCUUCAAGAGGAACCGUAUGAAACGGUGGUCAUGUUCAGCCACUAGAGAACAAACUGAAGGCGAGCAGCAGCAGUCACCAUGAUCGACCUGAGCUUCCUGACGGAGGACGAGCAGGAGGUCAUCCGGGCCGUGUUGAGAAGAGAUGCUGAGCUGAAAAAGGCUGAGGAGCAGCGAAUCAAGAACCUACAGAAGACUGUGAGGGACAAAGGCCGGCUGAGGUACUUGACUGGAGAAUGGUUCUACGAGACCAAGCAGCUCCGUCACCGGGAUCGCAUCCACGGCGCCGAGAUCAUCAGGGCCUCCAUGAGACACUCGCAUAAACCGCUGACUAUAUUGGAGCUCUCCCAGAUAUUGCCUGGGAAGCCCAGUUUUGUCAACAGUGAAAAUACAGAAGUCUUCGUCCCACCCGUCCUCCGUGGAAUCCUUCAAGAGCCUCAGAUGCAUCUCAGCAACGCACGGUAUGAAAACCAGAGACCAUAUGAAACUCCACAAGAUACACCUACAACUGUUUUACAGUCACCCACAAAGCAAAGACAAAAUCCAUUCAACAUCAACGUCACUGCAAAUCACGGUGUUGAAGAAAAGCACGGUCGGAUGUUGGACGGAGCCGUGGAUCAAACCCAGUCACCAAACGAGGAGCCUUUACCAUCAUCUGAUAGCUGCAUUUCUUAUACUAGUAACCUUAAACAAGACCCUAACGAUAGCCCGAUCACCCAGAAUGCAUCUGUUCCCGUGCCAAUGCCCGAUAACAGAGCAGUCAGCGCCAGCUCUCAGGAUUGUUUUGUUGAGGAAGACGAGCCAGGAGAUCAGCAGACUAACUCUGCUGCUCUGCGGGGCAUCCUCAAGCACUUGAUCACUUCUAGCUUCACAGACUCCCCGUUGCCUUCACGCCUGGACCAGUUAGAGAGUCCGGUUAGCCUCGAUUCUCUCGCUGAGAUCUGGAUAGACAGGAAGCAGGUGAGGUUCAGCUCCACGGUCGGUCAGAUCCAAGCGGCGUGGCAAGAUGGGAAUGAGCUGGGAGAGAACAGUUUGCUGGACGUCGACUCCAUCGCUCCACUUGAGGAGGAAAGUAAAAGUGACCUUGAGAAUGCUGGCAGUACCACUGUUGGCAAACGCAGGCCUUUACUCAAUCAGAGUCACGUGGAUUCACAGGAAGGGGAACUGUAUUGCAAAGAUGAGGCAAACUUCCAAGAGCAAGAAGCUGGCCAACACCAGGUCCUUGGUGAUGUCUCUGAGCACUGUCAUUCAGAGUCCCUAAGCCCUGUAGUCUCCAGACUCGUUCCUGCAGAGCAGGAGUCAGGUAAGCCUUUUCAACUGGAGACUGUUGAGCCUGAAGAUGACUGUCACUCUCAGGCUCUCGCCACAGACCGGCCAACCGGAUACAACAUUCACCACCAAGACCUGCCUGAACAAAGAACCGACAUUUCUGUUGAGGCCACCUCGGAUACCAAGCCGUCUGAUGACGGCUCAAAGGGUUCAUCUAGUGCCGUUUCACCGAUGCUUGGACAAAGACUGCUUGGAAUUUUUAGAAGAGAGAAAUCUGCUGAAAUACAGAGUCCACAAAGAGAAGAGGUGAAGACACCUGAGCGGAAAGAACCGGGCAGCACCGAUAAUCUCUCUCAAGGUGCUGCAGAUAUGAGCGUCGACCAACCUGCAGAUGUCACGCAAGAAGCUAAACCCUCUGAGAUAACAGAGGUCAGCCCACCACAACUUACAGCACUGCAGAACACUCCGUUUAAAGAAACAGUAACCUCAGUAGAUGCAGACGGAGUUGUACAGUCUCCAGAGAGACUAUCCGAUCUGAAAGCUUUCUAUGAGAGAGAAAACAAUGGUCCCGAAAUAAUGUUUACCGGAGAAGAGGCAAGGUACGAAGACAUCGUCGAGAGAGGAAUAGAGGCUUCAGAUGGCAGUCCAACUAACUCUGAUGUGGAGAGCAUAAAUGAUAAUCUCUCACCGCAAAUGGAAAUGACAGAUGAGGAUACUGCUGGCUGGUUCCAAGAAAAGAUUUUGUCGCCACAGACUGACUGUAGCUUCUUAGCAGAUUUAUCUAAAGAAGAUGGCACAUACAGAGCUAACCCCGUCCUCAUCUAUGAGGAGACAGAUGACUCUUUAACAGAGUCACAGAGUUAUGAGUCACAGGAAAACGUCAUCCCUCUUGUACGAGAGAGGGAUAGUCCAGUUCCCCUUCCCAGGCAGUCCAGUUCCAGUCCUCAAGAGUACAGGCCGGCCGAGAUCAGUGAGGUUAAGCAUGUCUGGAAGGAGGAGGAAUAUACAGGACCCAACGUAAUCGCUGCCAAGGAAGCCUCACAUAGUUCAAUGCUCAGUAACAAAGUGGUUUCCCCACAGUCUGAUCCGAGAACAUCCUUAGAUAAUAGAGAGAAGUCUGAGAGAGAGGCACCAACGUCUCCAUACAAAACCAAGUUAUUUAAUGUGACAGACAAGGGCUUCGUCAGUCAGACUCCAGACAGGUCACCGCUGUGGGGUUCUGGUAGCACUGUGGAUGUACAGCCAACAUGUCAAGUCAAGGCUGAUGCAGAGUAUAAAGAAAGGCCCCUCAGUCCCAGUAAAACCCAAACUCCGAGAUCAAAAGAACAUGAUGACGAAGUCAUAAGGAGUCCGUCUAAGACCUUCCAUCCGAGGGCCCUUCCUAGAGAAUCCUCUAGUCCCAAGAGAUCCAAGCUGGAAGGGUCUCCCUUAAAAACCUUUCCGAUAGACAUCCUCCCCCAAACUAAAGUCGUCGAAGAGCAACCCGGGAAGCCGACACCAGUUCCAAGACAGAAGAAGAUUCCCUCACACGAAGCAAAGCAGACACACACUAAAGCUAGCACAGACACCCCCUCUUGUCCUCUCCCUUUACAUCCAGUGGACCGAGGGACUUAUUUAUGUGAUGCAAAUACACAACAAAGUAGUUCCUCUACUUCGCCGCAAUCCCAAAAAGCUUCAGAGAAGAAGUCGGGGACCUUUCCGCAACUCGCCCGAUCUCUCAUCCCUCAGGAUUAUGAGCACUACCUCGGGCCACAGGAGAAGUCCCACAUCCCUGUUUUUCACCAAGAGAGAUCUGUUGUGGCAGAGAAGGAUGCAGAACACACACCGCAAAACGCCCUCGGGGAGUUUGUGGGAAACCAGAGCGACCGUCCCACCGAGGGGAAUCCUCCCGGAAUCAGCUCUCGGAUUGUGCAAAAUAAAGACGGAGACUCCAGCCCGAACACAACGACCAGGGCCUGGUCUUUGUCUCGGGCACGUUCAGGCAGUUAUGAUGUCGGUUCUAGUCCCAUCAUGUCGGCCCUUAAACGAUUAUCUUCGAGGAGCAUGUCCUCGUCCAAAAGCCUGGAAAACCUCACCUCACAAACAACCUCGACGCUCCCCAACUCAAAGCACAUGAAAACCAGCGUGUCGGUGACUGCUCUUCACCAGGAUGAGACGGACAGCGACAGCACUUUUGAGACCAACUUGCGCUGGAGAAGAAACACAGGCAGCUCCGCAUCUAACUUAAGUCUCUCCUCUGGAAUGGCCUCCAUGUCGUCUGUCAGCGGCAGCAUGAGCAGCAUUUACCCUGCAGACUUUGGUGAUAUUGAUGUGCAGGGAAGCAUCCAGUUUGCCGUGAACUACAUCCAGAAGCUCGGAGAGUUUCACAUAUUUGUGGUGCACUGCAGGGAUCUGGCCAUAGCCGACACUAAGAAGAACUCCUCUGACCCUUAUGUGAAGUGUUACCUUCUUCCUGACGAAACAAAGUUGGGAAAGAGAAAAACCUCUGCAAAAAAGAAGACUUUGAACCCCACCUACAAUGAAAUCCUCAGGUUUAAAAUCUUGAUGGAAGUGUUGAAAACUCAGAAUUUGAACGUCUCGGUGUGGCACAACAGCACUUUUGGGCGGAACAGUUUCCUGGGCGAGGUGGACCUGGAUUUGACAGAGUGGGACUUCAGCAACACCCACAUAAAUGAAUAUGCACUAAAAGCCAGGGUUUCAGCACAAAGUCCAACAGCGUCUCCUUCGCAUCUGAUGGACGGCAGAGGACGGAUGAGAGUCGCCCUGAGAUUCCUGCCGCAGACGUCCCACAGUAACAGAACCUCCAGGAUGGAGACCGGUGAGGUGCAGAUCUGGGUGAAAGACUGCAAGAACCUUCCUCCAGUCAGAGGAGUUGUUAUCGACCCAUUUGUGAAAUGCGCCGUACUUCCUGACACGAGCCGGAAAAGCCGCCAGAAGACGCGGGUGGUGAAGAGGACAGCCAACCCGAUGUUCAACCACACCAUGGUGUAUGACGGCUUCCGACCGGAGGACCUCAGAGAGGCCUGUGUGGAGAUCACGGUGUGGGAUCACGACAGACUGAACAACCACUAUAUCGGCGGACUGAGGAUCGGGUUGGGGACAGGGAAGAGUUACGGAGUGGACGUGCUUUGGAUGGAUUCGACGACAGAUGAAGCCACUUUAUGGCAGAGGAUGUUAGAGUCUGAUGGUGACUGGGUGGAGGAUGCUUUACCUCUGAGGAUGUUCGUGAUGGCAACAAGCAUGUCGAAGUGAGAAUGUGUUGAUAAAUGUGUGGACACUUCAUGGGAGCACACUGCAUGCACAUUCAGAUGGAUCUACAACCUAUAUACACUAUGAGUGGAAGCAGCAACCUUAAUGUGUGUGUCUCUGUAUAACUGAUGACCAUCGUAUGUAUGAUGAACGAGGUACUUUAGUUUGUAUAGCCCAAAAUUAAAUUUGUUGUCUCAAACAUGUAAUUAUUUAUACAUAUUAAAAAAAUUAUACGAAAUCGAGCAGAGAAUAGAAUCGAAGUUGUAAAACGUUACACAUUGUUUAAAUCUAAAUAUUCUGAUUUGUAUAUAGUCCUGUUGUUCUAUCAUGUGAUUACUGCGUCAAUUCUAUCUUCAAUAAACAGUAUAUUUGUGUGAAUUGUGAUUAAAGAUUUAAUUCAUGUUUCAUUCAGCAGUUAAUUAUUUGAUUCUCAGUAGUUUUCCACGACAUUCAGACAUUUGUAAUGCAGCAUGUUCAUUUGUGAUUCUCUGUGGCAGUAACUGCAAAUUAUGAGCAAUAUCCAUAAAGAGUAAAUACGGAUUAA